UGGAUUUCAUCUCCCUUACACGGUGUUCUCCGUAGUAGCUCCGUAAUAUUUUAUCAUUCACGAUUGUCAAAGUAAUUUACUGGAUUCGGUCUUUUCUCAUCUGAAAAAUCAAAAAGGGCGUCCUUCUUCCUUCCUCCUCCUUUACUCCAUCCUCCAAUUUGAGGAUUUUGAGAGGAAAGGAUUUCGGGUUUAUUCAAUCUUUUUCCACAAAUUCGAAUUCCAAGACUCACCCGUUUUUUAGUUAAUAUGCAGAGCCAAGUUGUAUGCAAUGGUUGUAGAACUGUUCUUUUAUACCCGAGAGGUGCAACCAAUGUUCGUUGUGCCGUUUGUAAUAUAGUUACCCCGGUCCAAUCGACGGCCGCUACAGGAUUGGAAAUGGAUCAGAUCAUAUGUGGGUGUUGUCAUACCUUACUCAUGUACUCACGGGGGGCGACAAGUGUGAGAUGCUUGUGCUGUCACACUGUGAAUCUAACAAAUUCCUCUCCAGUGUCGAACCAGUUUGCCACAGUGCGAUGUGGAAGCUGCCAGAUGGCACUUAUGUAUUCAUAUGGAGCUCCAUCAGUUAAAUGUGCUGUUUGUCACUAUAUCACAAAUGUUGGAACUGCCAAUGGAUCAGGUUCAGUUCAUAGACAAAAUGGUGUAGCUACCUCAUCAUCAACUUCCACACCUGUCCCAAGUUCCCAAAGUCAAACCGUGGUUGUGGAAAACCCUAUGUCAUUUGACGGAAGUGGUAAAUUGGUUAGUAAUGUCGUUGUUGGGGUUACUACAGAAAAGAAAUAAUUUCUGGUGUAACUGCUCGGUGUCUUUCUCCUUUUUGUGAAAAGCGGAUCUUGAUUUAUUCUGAUAAUUUGCUUUGUUCACUGAGCCCCUUGUGUAUCCUUGUAUUUGGUAUAUUUCAAUCAACCAAUUGCUUAUUGUGAAUGUUGUAAUUAUUAUUAAUCUUACGGGAAGGGUUCUUUUAUUUUAUUCAUAUCUGUUAUAGUGUGAUUCCAUUGAAUAUAUGUAUAGUAAAAAUUUAAAUCGAAUUUGUUGUUCAGGACAUUUAAGCACGAAGACAAGUUUGAAUGAAAUAGAGACUGCAUAUUCUGUUCAAUAUUUCAAUAAAUUGCUCUUUAUGAUUCU